CUUACGACUGCCAAACAGGUGGAGGGGAGUGUAUGGAUUACCCGAGGACCUGUCACUUUAGGGAGAGCUAAAUAAAAAAUAAGCACAAGUGUGACGUGCAAGUGGGUCAAUUAACGUAAACAGCUUAUAUAUACGAAUACUCGAUAUGAUGAUAUACCAACGAAUAUCAGCGUACUAUACUAGUAUUCAAAAUGGCUUUAAAGAAUUCAUCUGAAGUUGAAAAAGAUGCAAUCAGAGCCAUUCGAUUGCGCCAGAGUGAUUGGGCCAACUCUAUAAACGCCAACAGAAUUGAGAAAGUCGUUGAAAUGUACACUGACGACUGCAUUGUUAUUCCUCCUGGAGAAACAAUCAUAAACGGCAAAGACGCAAUGAGAAACCUUUGGCAACCUUACAUCAAUGCCGGGGUUUCAUUUUCGUUUCCGGAACACAUAUCUUUCAUCAUCUCAGAGUGCGGAACAAUGGCGAACGACAUCACGAUAUUCAGCACGAAACAAGACGGAGUAUUCUUUCAAGAAGGGGUGUUCAAUCACGUGUGGAAGAAAAUUGGUGAUAUUUGGUAUAUCCAAAGGCAUCAGUGGAACAUAACUAGGAAACGAAGAACAUAAUAAAUGAUGAAUGUGAUAUAGGGCUAGCAUGUCAAACUCGUAUUUACACCUCAAAUAAUCGUGUACAUAGUUAGGAUGGUACGAGAGCACGAGAAAUGAACAUUCAAUAAUGUUGAAACAUAUUUUUUUUGGUAAACAUCGACGAUGGCCUAAUUUGUGACGAACCGUGACAUAUUAUAUUCGUAUUCAUGUCUUUUGAAAUCUCAGCAAGUAUUGUUGGAAAACGUUAUUAGGAGGAACGACUGAUCAAAAUUGCCAAGUUAUUUCAAUUGAACAGUUCCUUUUGAAUUGUGCAUAUUUUGUGGAUCCAAUGGUGAAGACAGUAAUCAAACAAGCAGAGGCCGGUCUAAAUGUUACAAAUUGAUAUGUACAAAUGUAAAUAACCUAUGCUGAACUGUUGUAUAAUUACAUGUUUAAAUAGUUGUUAAACUGAGCAAUGUGGCAUUUUUUCUUUAUU